AUGGCCAACGUCCUUCUUGCACAUCGUGUCAUGGAAGCGGCGAAUUUUGCGAGUACACAAGCCAGGAAAGCAACCGAAAGUAUACCACCGAGCAAGCGCUACGUUGAGGCGCUUCAGGAGCGCAUCAAGGCUCUCGAGUUACAAUUAGAACGAUUCGAGCAAGGCAUUGGAUGCCACGACCUAGGAGAUACAAAUAAUUUUGAAGAAGGUCAAAGCCACUCGGAGGUUGAGUCGCUUUCUGAUGAGGCGGCUUCUACCCAUCGGUCACCUAUAAAAGAUAUCAGUGACCGACUUGGCAAUCUUAACAUUGGCGAGGAUGGACAAAUCCACUAUUUUGGGUCACGAAGUAACUUCUCGUUACUUAAAAAUAGUCCUGCGGCCAGCUCAACUGUAUCUUCACACGAGCUAGAAAGGCAGGCCGCUUAUACGCUCGAAAGAUUAGACCUUAGGGUCGAGAUAUCCGACGAGUUGCGAGACCACUUGCUAGACAUUUUCUGGAGCUGGCAGAACACCUGGCAGUACGUUGUCGUCAAAGACUUAUUCCUCGAGGAUCUUUGUAUUAGUCACUCCGGCCAGUAUGCCACUCCUCUUCUCCUAUCAUCAGUGUUAGCUCUGGCAGCCCGAUAUUCGGAUCGCAUAGAGUUGCGGACUGAUCCUCUGAAUCCUAACACAGCAGGAGAUGAGCUUGCUGAACAAGCCAAAAUGAUUCUGUUCUAUGAGAGCCAAGCGCCCAAGAUCACAACGAUCCAGGCAGCUGCGCUUCUUUCUCUUCGUGAGACAGCUACUGACAAAGAGGCACUUGGUUGGAUGUAUUGCGGAAUGGCAACCAGGAUGGCUUUCAAUCUUGGGCUCCACUUGGAUUGUACCGACUGGUGCAAGAAUAGCCAUAUCACUAAACAAGCCGCUGAAUUUCGAAGCGUUGUUUGGUGGGCUUGUUAUGUGCUGGACAAAUUGUUCAACGUUGGACUUGGUCGCCCCUCGACGAUUCAAGAGAUGGAGAUCUCAGCCGCCCUCCCUUCUCCUCAACAUGAUGCUGAAUUUGGGCCUUGGAGCGCGACAUCUCCGGUGGACCAGCAUCUAUUUUUCUCUAGCAGUUAUGUAAUCUCCAAUGUCAGAGCAACGGUGAAGCUUUUCAAAAUCACGUCAUCUGCUCUCGAUGAAAUUUACCGACCGAGUAGUCUACGCUCGAGCUUCCGUGCGGCAGAUCUCGUUACCAAAACACAUGUCGACCUAAUGGAGUUCCAAACCCAUCUUCCAACUUGCCUCCGUCUCUCAGCAUCUCCGUUAACACCUACCUUACCUCAUGUUUAUCUACUCCAUUUGCAGUAUCACGUUGCCGUAAUUCUUCUGCAUCGACCUUUUAUUCGAGUGCGGAGGAACAGGUCAAAUUCAGGGGCAUUUCAACCUGCGACAGGCUCAACCCAUCUUCACCAAUGUAACCUAUCGGCGCAGUCCAUCACCAGCAUCUUCAAGCUUUAUCGCAAACAUUACAGCCUGCGAAGGAUUCCGAUUUCAGCUGUACACUGUGCUUUCACUGCAGCUAUAAUCCUUCUGCUCGAGACAACGAUCUCUCAUGUGAGCGAACGGUGUCGAGCUCUUGCCUCUCUAAAGAUUCUAGCCGAAGUAUUGACUGAUAUGAGCAUCGCGUGGGCGUGGAGUCGGCGCGCACUUCUCGCGAUACGCCAACUGGCCAAAGAAUGGUCUGCUUGCGAAGACACGAUAGAUGCACUUGGUAUCAGCGAGGCGGCGAGUGACAGUAGAACUGAAGAUGUGGUGUCUGACGUUUCACAAGUGUUCAACAUCUGGGAUCCUAGUGUUUCCCUCUGGAGCUCACAGGACCCACAGAGCCUUGAUGGGGACAUCCCUUUCUUAAUCACCGAUGAGCUGGAUUAUCAGAACUGGGUCGGUACAUUCAUGGAUGAAUCGCACUUCUCAGGCAAUGGUUUAUGA